AUGAAUAUUGAUUGCAAUCAUAAGAAAGUUUGCAAAUUAUUUGGAUAUGGAUUGAGUGAAAUAAAGUGGUCAAAUGUAGUAUUUCUAUUGAGCGUGCAUAUUUUGGCCGUAUAUGGCUUUUUCCAUGGGCUCACCACAGAUGUAACGCUGGGAACCGUUAUAUUUGUGUCCGUUUUGUCCAUUUUCUCGGGUCUGGGAAUGUCUGUCGGAGGACACCGAUUAUGGGCUCAUAAAUCAUUCAAAGCUCGGUUUCCACUGAAACUAUUGCUACUUAUACUGCAAACGACAACAUUGAACGGCAGUGCUCUGGCCUACGCUCGCGACCACCGGACACACCAUAAGUGGACAGAUCAGGAACAGGACCCUAAGAAUCCGAAAUUAAUUUGUCUGACAAACAGAUUGAUAAAAAUGAAUAUUGAUUGCAAUCAUAAGAAAGUUUGCAAAUUAUUUGGAUAUGGAUUGAGUGAAAUAAAGUGGUCAAAUGUAGUAUUUCUAUUGAGCGUGCAUAUUUUGGCCGUAUAUGGCUUUUACCAUGGGCUCACCACAGAUGUAACGCUGGGAACCGUUUUAUUUGUGUCCGUUUUGUCCAUUUUCUCGGGUCUGGGAAUGUCUGUCGGAGGACACCGAUUAUGGGCUCAUAAAUCAUUCAAAGCUCUGUUUCCACUGAAACUAUUGCUACUUAUACUGCAAACGACAACAUUGAACGGCAGUGCUCUGGCCUACGCUCGCGACCACCGGACACACCAUAAGUGGACAGAUCAGGAACAGGACCCUAAGAAUCCG